UGCUAGCUAUUUGAUAAACACAUAUAAGGGUUUUUCCCCUUACAUGUAACGGAGCGGCAGAGGAGGAAGAUGAGCACCGCCGCCAAGAAAACUGGGCCGCCGAAGCACCAGAACAAGGUUGCUUGGAAACCCAACGCCGGCCGCAAGAUCAACGAAACUGAAGUUGGAGGAAGGUUCAGACCUCUCUCUGAGAUCACCGGUGUGUGCCCUCGUUGCAGGGAUCAGAUUGAUUGGAAACGCCGCUAUGGAAAGUACAAGCCUCUAGCUGAACCUGCCAAAUGUCAGAGAUGUACCAAGCGUGCUGUUCGUCAAGCUUAUCAUAACUUGUGUUCUGGCUGUGCCAAGGAGCAUCGUGUAUGUGCAAAAUGUUGUUGCAGCGUUGCCCGUAUAGUUGGAAGGGACUCUGAGGAAGUUGAGGCCGAGCAAAAGAUGCUUGAGGAGGCCAUUAAGAACGCUCGGGAGAGAGAAAGGAGAUCCCUAUUGCGAGCUAUGAACAAAGACAAACCUAAGAGUUCUAAAGAUACCCCAACAGAUACUAAAGAUAUGAAAGUUGGACAAUUAUUUCCAAAUGCAUCCCUGGAUGAUUAUGCCAGACAGAAGAAUAGAGUUAACGAGGAUCUUGAUGAUGGUGAAAUUCAUGAUAGUAAACAUGAUGAUUGUGACGGUGAAGUCUGUGAUGAUGAAGAUGAUAACAGCAGCGAGAAUAAAGAUUCUGAUGAGGAUAAUGAAGACAAUGAGGCCGAUGUUCCUGAUCAAAUGAAUGCCAAAUAAUUCAGCAUAUUUGAGUAUGUCAGUUUUAUCCAGAAAUUACAGUGGGGAUACUAAUCAAUUUGCAGUUUGUUUUUAGUGUAUUUGCUAGACUCUGGAUGAGAAAUAUUUCUUGUUCAAUACAAAUUUUGGAUGAGUUGUAUCAUUAUUUAUCAAUGAAAAAAGCACCGAAACCGGAUAUCUUGUGUGUA